ACGACCAGUCGACAUAAACGGUACAUCAUCGCAGAUUCACAAAACUGGAACGCUGCCUUACUGUCUUGAUGGCCCAAUAAAAACGCGAGAUACGAUAAACUAUGAGACUGAUAAAUCGGAGCUGCAAACCCUAACUCACCCCUCGCCAGCAUUUCAAGUUUCAAUCCAAGGUGCUUGGAAAUGAUUCUAAAUGGAAGCACAAAACCUUCUGUUGCUGCUGGAUGCUCUUGUACUAAUGUAAGCACAUGUAAUACCAGGUCUAGUAGCCCAGUUUCUGUUUGUCUUCCUCAUUCCACUGCCAAGGCUUCAUUCUUAAACAUCCGGAGUUCAUGGCUUCCAGUUCCAACUUUUGAGUCUAAAUUCAGACAAUCUAGAGGUUUGCCAUCCUUUCACCUUUCUGCUGCAUCAACUACACUCUUAGGUGGUGAUCAAGGUGGAAUUUGGCGCACAAUUCCCUCAUUGCCUAGGCGUUGCAGACGUUAUUUGUGCCCUCGAGCAUCAAAAGAUGUCCCGUCCAGUUUUCGCUACCCUCCAAUGACCAAGAAGCCAAGAUGGUGGUGGAGGACUUUAGCAUGUCUCCCUUAUUUGAUGCCUCUUCACGAGACAUGGAUGUAUGCUGAGACGGCAUAUCAUCUGCACCCAUUCCUUGAAGACUUUGAAUUCUUGACAUACCCAUUCCUUGGAGCCAUUGGGAGUUUGCCGAGUUGGUUCCUGAUGGCAUAUUUCUUUGUUGCAUAUCUAGGAAUCGUAAGGAGGAAGGAAUGGCCACACUUUUUCCGAUUUCAUGUUGUGAUGGGAAUGUUGCUGGAGAUUGCUCUUCAAGUGAUAGGAACCGUGAGUCGCUGGAUGCCACUUGCUGUCUACUGGGGUAAAGUAGGUAUGCAUUUUUGGACAGCUAUAGCAUUUGCUUACCUUUUCACGGUUUUGGAGUGCAUAAGGUGUGCUCUUGCCGGUAUGUAUGCAGAUGUCCCUUUUGCCUGUGAUGCAGCAUAUAUCCAAAUUCCUUAUGAUUAAGGAAUACAAAUACAAAAACAAACAAUAUUAAUUGCGUUUCCAUUUUAUGUUUUGUAUUAGAGGUUUUUUUCUUGAGCAGAGAACAGCUGUAUGUUGAAGACAAUCAUGUACAAGUAUUGUUUCUUGUAUUGAGUUGUUUCUUGUAUCGAGUAUUUGGUUGCUGCAAAAUUCAAAUCAGCCCCUUGCUAUGGCC